AUGACCUCCAGAGGGUGGAAGUUCUUGGAAGUCACUGCUUGGAUGUAUUUGCCACACUCCUCGAAUGGGUUAUGUUCCUGUAAUAACCGAUGUGUACCGCUCUGUUUUAUCACAUUACUGGAUGAGCAAGAGAUUGUACAAAAACGUACUUUCACAAAAUGGAUCAACUCUCAUCUGGCCAAGCGGAAACCUCCCAUGGUGGUCGAUGAUCUUUUUGAAGACAUGAAGGAUGGUGUUAAGCUGCUUGCUCUGCUGGAGGUCCUGUCUGGGCAGAAAUUGCCUUGUGAACAAGGACGCCGGAUGAAACGAAUCCAUGCCGUGGCUAACAUCGGCACAGCACUCAGGUUCCUUGAGGGAAGAAAGAUUAAAUUAGUCAACAUUAACUCCACGGAUAUAGCUGAUGGCAGACCCUCAAUAGUUCUUGGAUUGAUGUGGACCAUCAUUCUCUAUUUUCAGAUUGAAGAGUUGACCAGCAACCUGCCACAGCUGCAGUCUCUGUCUGGCAGUGCAUCUUCCGUGGACAGCAUUGUCAGCUCUGAAACUGCCAGCCCUCCAAGCAAGCGCAAGGUAGCUACCAAGAUCCAAGGAAAUGCCAAGAAGACGUUACUGAAGUGGGUUCAGUAUGCAGCUGGCAAGCAGACUGGAAUAGAAGUGAAGGACUUUGGACGGAGUUGGAGGAGUGGAGUUGCCUUUCAUUCAGUUAUCCAUGCCAUAAGACCUGAACUAGUAGACCUGGAGAAAGUGAGAGGCAGAUCUAACCGAGAGAACCUGGAGGAAGCAUUCACCAUUGCAGAAGUGCAACUGGGGAUCCCAAGGCUGCUAGAUCCUGAAGAUGUGGAUGUGGAUAAGCCUGAUGAGAAGUCUAUUAUGACCUACGUGGCCCAGUUUCUGAAACAUUAUCCUGACAUCCACAGUGCAGGCAUUGAUGGGCUGGAGAAUGAGAGAGAAGACAGGCUAAUUUUGAAGGAAAUGAAAGUUUGGGUAGAACAAUUUGAAAGAGAUUUGACAAGGGCACAGAUGACAGAAUCAAAUUUGCAGGACAAAUAUCAGUCCUUUAAGCACUUCAGAGUUCAAUAUGAAAUAAAAAGGAAACAGAUUGAGCAUUUAAUCCAACCGUUACACAGAGACAGCAAAUUGUCACUUGACCAAGCAUUGUUAAAACAAUCCUGGGACAGAGUGUCCUCCAGGCUCUUUGAUUGGCACAUACAGCUUGAUAAAUCUCUUCCAGCACCUCUGGGCACCAUAGGUGCUUGGCUGUAUAGGGCAGAGGUGGCCCUGAGAGAGGAAGUAACAGUGCAGCAGGUGCAUGAAGAAACAGCAAACACAAUACAGCGGAAACUUGAGCAACAUAAGGAUCUGUUUCAAAACACAGAUGCCCACAAAAGAGCAUUUCAUGAGAUCUACCGGACCAGGACUGUGAAUGGGAUCCCAGUGCCACAUGAUCAGUUAGAGGACAUGGCCGAGAGGUUUCAUUUUGUUUCCUCCACAUCAGAGCUACACUUAAUGAAAAUGGAAUUUCUAGAAUUAAAGUACCGUCUGCUCUCACUGCUGGUUCUUGCAGAGUCAAAGCUCAAGUCUUGGAUAAUCAAGUAUGGAAGGAGGGAGUCAGUGGAGCUGCUUCUACAAAACUACAUCUCUUUUAUAGAAAACAGCAAGUUCUUUGAACAGUAUGAAGUGACGUACCAGAUCUUGAAACAGACAGCUGAGAUGUACGUCAAAGCAGAUGGUUCAGUGGAAGAAGCUGAGAAUGUUAUGAAAUUCAUGACCGAAACCACUGCUCAGUGGCGGAAUCUCUCAGUAGAAGUCAGGAGUGUGCGGAGCAUGCUGGAGGAAGUGAUCUCUAACUGGGAUCGCUAUGGCAAUACGGUGGCUAGUCUUCAAGCCUGGCUAGAGGAUGCCGAAAAAAUGCUCAAUCAAUCAGAAAAUGCCAAAAAGGAUUUUUUUAGAAAUUUGCCUCAUUGGAUUCAACAACACACCACCAUGAAUGAUGCUGGAAAUUUUCUCAUUGAAACUUGUGAUGAGAUGGUUUCCCGUGACCUCAAGCAGCAGUUACUGUUGCUAAAUGGACGAUGGAGAGAGUUGUUUAUGGAAGUCAAGCAAUACGCCAGGGCUGAUGACAUGGACAGAAUGAAGAAAGAGUACACAGACUGUGUUACUGUCCUGUUGGGUUUUGCAGCUGAAGCUCGUAAGAAAUUUUCUGAACCCCUGGAAGUCUCCUUCAUGAAUGUCAAGUUGUUAAUUCAAGACUUGGAGGAUAUUGAGCAGAGGCUGCCUGUGAUGGAUGCACAGUACAAGAUGAUUACAAAGACCGCACACCUCAUUUCCAAAGAAAGCUCCCAAGAAGAAGCCAACAAAAUGUUUGCAACCAUGUCUGGGCUCAAAGAGCAGCUAACCAAGGUCAAAGAAUGUUGCUCCCCACUCCUUUAUGAGUCUCAGCAGCUGCUGGUGCCGUUGGAGGAAUUAGAAAAGCAGAUGACGUCCUUUUAUGACUCACUUGGAAAAAUCAAUGAAAUUAUAGCAGUUCUUGAGCAUGAAGCACAAUCUAGUGCUCUUUUUAAACAAAAACAUCAGGAACUGUUAGCUUGUCAAGAAAGCUGUAAGAAAACUUUGACACUCAUUGAGAAAGGCAGUCAAAGUGUUCAAAAGUUUGUGACCUUGAGCAAUGUAUUAAAACACUUUGAUCAGACGAAGCUGCAGAGACAGAUUGCAGAUGUUCAUGUUGCUUUUCAGAACAUGGUAAAGAAAACUGGAGACUGGAAGAAGCAUGUGGAAACCAACAGUCGCUUGAUGAAGAAAUUCGAGGAAUCUCGAGCAGAGCUGGAGAAGGUGCUGCAUAUGGCACAGGAGGGCUUGCAGGAGAAGGGAGAUCCUGAAGAACUCCUGCGGAGGCACACUGAGUUCUUCAGUCAGCUGGAUCAGAGGGUGCUCAAUGCCUUCCUGAAAGCUUGUGACGAGCUCACAGACAUCCUCCCCGAGCAGGAGCAGCAGGGGCUGCAGGAAGCUGUGCGAAAACUCCAUAAGCAAUGGAAGGACCUUCAAGGAGAAGCCCCUUAUCAUUUGCUUCAUCUGAAGAUUGAUGUGGAGAAGAAUAGAUUCUUAGCCUGUGUGGAAGAAUGCAGGAAUGAGCUGGACCGGGAGACCAGGCUGGUGCCCCAGGAAGGCAGUGAAAAGAUCAUCAAAGAGCACAGGAUAUUCUUCAGUGACAAGGGUCCUCAUCAUCUCUGUGAGAAGAGGUUGCAGCUCAUUGAAGAACUGUGUGUAAAGCUCCCAGUCCGGGACCCUGUUAGGGAAACACCUGGAAGCUGUCACACGACCCUCAAAGAGCUUCGAGCUGCCAUUGACAGCACCUGUGCGAAGCUCAUGGAAAACCCAGACAAGUGGCAGGACUACACAAGCAGAUUUUCUGAGUUCUCAUCUUGGAUAACUGCCAAGGAAAUGCAGUUAAAAGGGAUCAAAGACGAGGCCAUCCAUGCUGCCAACCAUGCAGAGGUCACGUGUGUUGUUGACGAGGUUCGAAGUGGCGUUACCAAAAGAGGAGAGACUCUUGGCUGGCUGAAAUCCAGACUUAAAAUUCUGACUGAGGUUUCCUCUGAGAAAGAAGCCCAAAAGCAAGGGGAUGAGCUGGCCAGAUUAUCGAGUUCUUUCAAGGCUCUGGGCUCCUUACUGUCAGAGGUUGAAAAGAUGUUAAGCAACUUUGGGGAAUGUGUCCAGUAUAAAGAAAUAGUCAAAAGUUCCCUUGAAGACUUAAUCUCUGGCUCUAAAGAAGUCCAAGAACAAGCCGAGAAAAUCUUAGACACUGAAAAUCUGUUUGAAGCACAGCAGCUACUUCUUCAUCACCAGCAAAAGACCAAGAGGAUCUCAGCUAAGAAGAAAGACCUGCAGCAGCAGAUCGCGCAGGCGCAGCAGGGAGAAGGUGGCCGGCCGGGCCCCGGCAGGGAGGAGCUGCAGAGGCUGGAGAGCACCCUGGACCACGUGGAGCACAGCAGAGAGAGACAGGAGCGCCGAAUCCAGGUCACAUUAAGAAAGUGGGAACGGUUUGAAACAAACAAAGAGACAGUGGUCCGAUACCUUUUCCAAACAGGUUCCAGUCACGAACGCUUCUUGAGUUUUAGCAGUUUGGAAAGCUUAUCUUCAGAACUGGAGCAGACGAAGGAGUUUUCUAAACGGACAGAAAAUAUUGCAGUCCAGGCUGAGAACCUUGUAAAGGAAGCCUCAGAGAUACCACUUGGGCCCAAGAACAAGCAGCUGCUGCAACAGCAGGCUAAGUCAAUCAAAGAGCAAGUCAAAAAAUUAGAAGACACACUUGAAGAAGAUAUUAAAACCAUGGAAAUGGUGAAAAACAAGUGGGAUCAUUUUGGCAGUAAUUUUGAGACCCUGUCCAUCUGGAUCACUGAGAAAGAAAAUGAGCUCAAUGCCUUGGAAACUUCGUCAUCUGCCAUGGAUAUGCAAAUCAGCCAAAUUAAGGUCAUUAUUCAAGAAAUAGAAAGUAAGUUCAGCAGUAUUGCAGGACUAGAAGAAGAAGUUCAGUCUUUUGCUCAAUUUAUUACCACCGGAGAGUCUGCUCGAAUCAAAGCCAAGUUGACACAACUAAGAAGAUACUGGGAAGAACUCCGCGAGCAUGCACAGUGUCUCGAAGGAACCAUUCUGGGGCACUUAUCUCAGCAGCAAAAGUUUGAAGAGAACCUUAGCAAGAUCCAGCAGUCUGUGUCUGAAUUUGAAGAUAAACUGGCUGAUCCAAUUAAAAUAUGUUCUUCAGCUACAGAAACGUAUAAAGUACUCCAAGAACAUAUGGACCUCUGCCAGGGCCUGGAGUCCCUGAGUAGCACGGUGACUGCCUUCUCCGCCAGUGCCCGCAAGGUGAGAAGCAGAGAAUCCUGCAUUCAGGACGCCCUGGCUCUGCAGCAGCGGUACGAGGAGACGCUAAGUAAGGCUAAAGAGAGGCAGGCCGUGCUGGGGAACCUGCUGGCCCACUGGCAGAGGCUGGAGAAAGAGCUGUCAUCCUUUUCGACCUGGCUGGAGCGGUGUGAGACAAUAGCCCGAUCUCCUGAGAGACACAUCUCCGCUGACAGAGUCAAAGUGGAGGGUGAACUUCAGCUGAUACAGGCUCUGCAGAAGGAAGUCGUAUCCCAGGCCUCCUGCUACAGCAACCUUCUGCAGCUCAAGGGGUCGCUGUUCUCCGUGGCCUCUGAAGGCGACGUGAAAACGAUGAAGCUGCACCUGGAGCAGUUGGAUGAGAGAUGGAGAGAUUUACCACAGACAAUUAGCAAACGGAUUAAUUUUCUUCAGUCUGUGGUUGCUGAACACCAGCAAUUUGAUGAGCUGCUGCUUUCCUUUUCUAUGUGGAUUAAGCUGUUUCUCGGUGAAUUACAAACUACUUCUGAGAUAAGCCUGACGGAUCAGCAGGUAGCUCUUGCCCGGCACAAGGACCAUGCAGCAGAAGUAGACAGCAAGAAGGGAGAACUGCAGAGCCUGCGGAGCCACCUGAUGAAGCUGGGGUCUCUAGGCCAAGCCGAGGACCUCCACCUCCUUCAGGGCAAGGCAGAGGACUGCUUCCAGCUGUUUGAGGAGGCCAGUCAGGUGGUGGGCAGGCGGCAGCUUGCUCUGUCCCAAUUGACAGAAUUCCUACAGACCCAUGCCUCUCUCUCUGGGCUUCUCCACCGGUUGAGGGAAACAGUGGAAGCAACCAGCAGCAUGAGUAAGAAACAAUCAGAGUUGUUAAAAAAAGACCUGAAUGAUGCUAUUGCAGAUGUUAAAACCUUAGAAUCUACUGCCAUUAGUCUGGACAGCAUUCUUGCCAAAGCCCAAUACCAUCUGAGAGGCGGGAGCUCCAAGCAAAGGACUUCAUGCAGAGCCACAGCCGAUCAGCUCUCUGUUGAAGUAGAGAGGAUCCAGAACCUUCUGGGAACCAAGCAGAGUGAAGCUGAUGCCCUGGCAAUGUUGAAAAAAGCAUUCCAGGAGCAGAAAGAGGAGCUGCUGCGGAGCAUAGAGGACAUUGAAGAAAGGACGGACAAAGAGCGCUUGAAGGAACCCACCCGGCAGGCUCUCCAGCAGAGGUUGAGAAUGUUUAAUCAGCUAGAAGAUGAACUGAAUUCACACGAGCAUGAACUAUGUUGGCUGAAAGACAAAGCUAAGCAAAUUGCCCAGAAAGAUGUAGCUUUCGCACCUGAAGUCGACAGGGAGAUAAACCGCUUAGAAGUCACCUGGGAAGAUACAAGAAAGUUAAUUCAUGAAAACCAGGGUCAGUGCUGUGGACUUAUUGACCUAAUGAGAGAAUACCAGAACUUGAAGUCAACUGUAUCUAAAGUCCUAGAAAAUGCCAACAGUGUGGUUGUAACCAGAACUCCUAUAAAAGAUCAGGAGGAUCUUAAGUGGGCUUUUUCCAAGCAUGAAACUGCCAAGAAUGAAAUGAAUAAUAAACAGAAAGAGCUGGAUAGUUUUACCAGUAAAGGAAAACACUUGUUAUCUGAGCUGAAAAAAAUUCGCAGUGGCGAUUUCAUCCUGGUGAAGACAGACAUGGAGAGCAUCGUGGACAAGUGGCUGGAUGCAUCCGAGAAACUGGAAGAAAACAUGGAUAAGCUGAGGAUAAGCUUGUCCAUCUGGGACGAUGUACUUUCAAGUAAGGAUGAGAUCGAUGCGUGGUCAAAUAACUCCAUUCCACAGCUGGCUGAAAACAUCAGCAAUCUGAAUAACAGCCUCAGAGCUGAAGAACUCCUCAAAGACCUGGAGUCUGAAGUUAAAAGCAAAACACUGAGAUGGGAAGAAUUGCGUUCCAAAAUUAAUGACCUUAAGGAGUUAACGAAAAAUCCUGAAACUCCACUGAACCUUCAGUUUAUAGAAGCGGAUUUAAGGCAAAAGCUGGAGCAUGCCAAAGAAUUCACUGAAGAAGCCAAAGAAACCUUGAAAGAUUUCACUGCUCAAAGUGCACAAGUAGAGAAAUUUAUGAAUGAUAUGACAUCGUGGCUGACAAACGUGGAAGAGUCCCUGAUGAACUGUGCCCAAACUGAGACUUGUGAAGGGUUGAAAAAAGUAAAGGACACACAAAAGGAACUUCAAAGUCAGCAAAACGACAUCAGCUCUACCCAAGAAAAUCUCAAUAGCUUGUGCCGCAAGUACCACUCAGCAGAGCUGGAGACCCUGGGCGUGGCACUGACAGGGUUGAUAAAGAAGCAUGAAGCUGUGAGUCAGCUGUGCUCCAAAACUCAGGCCAGCCUGCAGGAUUCCCUGGAAAAACACUUCCAUGAUUCAAUGCAGGAAUUCCAAGAAUGGUUUUUGCAUGCCAAGGCAGCUGCGAAAGAAUCAGCUGAUCGAACUGGUGACAGCAAAGUUUUGGAGGCAAAGCUGCAGGACCUCCAGAGACUUUUGGACUCAGUCAGUGAUGGACAGAGCAAACUUGAUGUGGUGACUCAAGAAGGACAAACUUUGUAUGCACAUUUGCCCAAACAAAUGGUCAGUAGCAUUCAGGAACAGAUUACAAAGGCCAAUGAAGAGUUCCAGGCAUUUCUGAAACAGUGCCUUAAAGACAAGCAAGCUCUCCAAGACUGUGCUUCAGAACUUGGGAGCUUUGAGGAUCAGCACAGAAAACUGAACUUGUGGAUCCAUGAAAUGGAAGAAAGGCUAAGCACGGAAAACUUGGGAGAAAGUAAACAGCACAUUCCUGAGAAGAAAAACGAAGUUCAUAAAGUUGAAAUGUUUCUAGGAGAACUACUGGCUGCAAGAGAGUCUCUGGACAAGUUUUCCCAGCGAGGGCAGCUUCUUAGUGAAGAAGGCCACGGUGCAGGCAAAGAAGGACGCCUGUGCUCCCAGCUCCUCACUAGCUACCAGAACCUACUCAGGAUGACCAAAGAGAAGCUGCGAGGCUGCCAGGUGGCACUCCAGGAGCACGAAGCCCUGGAGGAGGCGCUGCAGAGCACAUGGUCCCGGGUGAAAGACAUUCAAGACCGACUGGCCAGUGCAGACAGCACCAUCGGCAGCAAAGACACCUUGGAGAGGAGGCUGGCUCAGAUACAGGAUAUUCUCCUGAUGAGAGGGGAAGGGGAAGUGAGGCUGAACAUGGCCAUCGGCAAAGGGGAGCAGGCCUUGAGGAGCAGCAACCAAGAAGGUCAGACGGUGAUUCAGGUUCAGCUGCAGACCCUGAGAGAUGUGUGGGCUGAUGUCAUGAGUUCCACUGUCCGUGCUCAGAGCACUUUAGAGUCUGUGAUCAGCCAGUGGAAUGACUACUUGGAGAGGAAAAACCAGCUGGAGCAGUGGAUGGAGUCAGUGGAUCAGAAGGUAGAACAUCCUCUACAACUGCAGCCAGGUCUGAAAGAGAAGUUUGCCUUGCUGGACCACUUCCAUCACAUCGUGUCUGAGGCAGAGGAGCACGCUGGAGCCCUUUACCGCCUCACUGCGAAGGCCAGGGAGCUGUACGAGAAGACAGGGGAUGAGUCUUUCAAGGAAACGGUGCAAGAGGAACUGAAAGCACAGUUUAAUGAUAUAGUCACUGUUGCCAAGGAGAAAAUGAGGAAAGUGGAAGAUACUGUGAAAGACCAUCUGAUGUAUUUAGAUGCAGUCCAAGAGUUCACAGAUUGGCUCCAUUCAGCAAAGGAGGAACUCCAUAGAUGGUCGGAUAUGUCCGGAGACUCCUCAGCCACCCAGAAAAAGUUGUCCAAGAUUAAGGAGCUGAUAGAUUCCAGAGAGAUCGGUGCUGGCCGCCUAAGCAGAGUGGAGUCGCUGGCCCCUGAAGUGAAACAGAACACAGCUGCCAGUGGGUGUGCGCUCAUGCACACGGAGAUGCAGGCCCUGCGCGCCGACUGGAAGCAGUGGGAAGACAGCGUGUUCCGCACGCAGAGCAGCCUGGAGAACCUGGUCAGCCAGAUGGCCCUGUGCGAGCAGGAGUUCUCGGGCCAGGUGGCUCAGCUGGAGCAGGCCCUGGAACAAUUCGAUGCCCUCUUGAAAACCUGGGCUCAACAGCUAAGCCUCUUGGAAGGCAAGAACACGGAUAAGGAGAUAGUGGAAUGCUGGCACAAAGAACAAGAAAUUCUGGAUGCUCUACGGAAAGCAGAGCCAAGGACAGACGAUCUCAAGUCUCAGCUGAAUGAACUUUGUCGAUUUUCCAGAGACUUGAGUACAUACAGUGGAAGAGUUUCAGGCUUGAUUAAAGAAUACAACUGGUGA